CAACCAAUCACUCAAUCUCUCGUAGUGUGCGAGGAUGAGGCCAACAGUGACCAAUGCCUCAACUGACUGGAUCUCUACGGAGCCUUGGCCCGAGGGUAGCUCAGUGGAAGUCACCUGCAAUACGGGUCUCUACCAGUACCCGAGCCUGGAGACCCCAGCAGACCCUCCACUGCAACUAUGAAGGCUGGACAAACGCCACCAUCUGCGAGCAAGUGUGUUUCGUGGCCCCGGACCUGACGCAGUAUAAGGCGCUGUGGAAUGAUUCCAUAGCACCGGGAAGGCUGGACGACGAGAUUUCCAUCAACUGCAGGUCGAGUCACUACCAUAACGAGUCCCUCAACGACACCACCAUCACCGCCGUGUGCACGCCUGAUGGCUGGCUGGCCACCCAACCCCUGCAUCCUGUGUGAGGAACCCUUUCUUGUGCGCCAACAGAUCCUUCCACCACAAUUUCCAAACUUAUUUUUUCCCAUUAAUGGAAGGACAAGAAAUGCCUGCUAACUUUUGUGGAUCUGACUUUCUUGUUCUUUUUUCUUGUGUGUGUGUGUGUGUAUAUGCAAACCUUCACUACAUGCUUCAAGCUUCUUCAUUUCUAAUAAAUAGAAAUGGGAAAAGAUUCGCUAAGGAAAUUUGAAACGAUGAACCUUUUCUCUUUAUCUCCCUUUUUCUAUUUGUCAUAUUCUACAACUUCUUCUAUCAGAUAAUUGGAAAUAGGCAAAGAGCAGCAAAGGAUAUUUGACAAGAUCACCAAAUAUUAUUAAAAAAAAAACGAUAGAUAUUUAUUCGAUGUCUCCUUCCUUCCAUUUGUUAUAUACUCCACAGAUUUUUUAAAUCAAUUGAAACAGGAAAAGAUCAAAGGAAACGUGACCAGAUUCAAACGUCAUUGCAAAUUAUGGAUAUUUUCUCGAUUUUUACCAGUUUGCAUUUAUAUACUUCACAGCUUCAAAUUCAAACAGCCAAAGAUCAAAAAAUGUGUUACAAGAUUCAAGCUUCAUUCCAAAAAGAUGGAUCCUGUCACUGUCUCGCCUCUUUUCAAUUCCUCAGCAUGUAGGGAUCCUCCAGACUUCGGCACUGUGAUUAUGGAGUGGCCGGAGAGGGAGCCGGGGAGGCCUGGGGAUGAGGUGAUAUUGGAAUGCCCUGCCAAACAUCGCAACAGUGAGAACGUCUCCCUCACCACCAUUACAGUGGGCUGCAUCUCCGGGGGUGGAAGACUAUCACCACCUGCAAGAAGUGCUGCGAGGAGGACCCGGACGCUGCCAGUCUGAACAUAGCAUGGCCAUCUGGACUGGUGGACGUUAUGAUGAGCAAGGUGACCGUGGACUGCCUUGAGGACCAUUACAACGAAGAGAAUCUGAUCAACACCACCACACUGGCACAUUGUACGGGGGACGGCUGGCUCAUUCCACACCCCUGUGUCAGAGUGUGUGCAGAGAUCCCAGAGUUUGGGAACGCGCCUAUUGACUGGGGGAACAGAGGUCGGGGGAGGGUGACCCAGGAAGUGAUCCUCGACUGCCCAGAAGGUUAUCGGAACAAUGACAGCCUGGACUCCUCCAUCACCACCGUCACCUGCACCUUAGAUGGAUGGGUCAACCUGGAUGAGUGUGUUCAGGCGUGCGUGGAGGACCCGGACGCAGCCACCAUGAACAUAAACUGGGAACCUCUGCUAGCAAUACUGGAUACAGAAGUAGAGGUGGACUGCCUCGAUGACCACUACAGUAAUAAAACCCUCACCACCACCACCACCACCGUGCAGUGCCUGGAGGAGGGCUGGUGGGUCAUUCAUCCCUGUGUUAGAGUGUGCACGGAGAAGCCAGACUUUGGCAAUGUUUUUGUCAAGUGGGAGGAGCGAGGACCAGGAAGAGUGGGGGACAACAUGACGCUUGACUGCCCUGCUGGCUACCGAAGCACUGACCACCUGCACCUCAACAACACCUUCGUCACCUGCACCGACCAGGGCUGGGAGAACAUUGACCCCUGUGUAAAAGUGUGUCUGCAAGAAGACCUGGGGGGCGUAGCAAUAGAGGAAGAGGAGCCAGGCGUGUGGAGAGUGGAUGAGGUGGUGACACGCGCCUGCCCUGAGGACCUCCUUACCUUUGACAAGGCUCUCAACAUCAGUGACUUCAUAUGCACCGCCGACGGCUGGGCCAACCCUGACCCCUGCGUCAACGUGUGCCGCGAGAGGCUGUACCCGGUCAAUGGACACGCCAACUGGGACCAAAGGAUCUGGACGGCAGGGCACGAGCUGCUGGUGGUGUGCCUGUCGCAGCACCACGUGUCGCCCGAUGUCUACUCCUAUAAUGUCCCCUGCACUGACUCUGGCUGGCACAGCGUGAACUCCUCCUGCUCCUACUGUGAGUAUUCCUGUGUCCUCCAUGCUCACUAAUGCUUUUCUCCUCUCCUCUCCUCUCCUUUCCUCUCUCCCCUCCCCUCCCCUCCCGUCCUCUCCUCUCCUCUCCACUCCUC